AUUAUCUGAAGCUGGCGGAGGAGCCCGCUACUACUAACGGCACAUGCUUCUUCUCCGAUCUCCGCUACCCUUUUACGCGCCUCUCGUGUUCCUUUCAUCCUUUUAACAGACACUUAUAAUCCCUGCAUAAAGCCUCUUUCUUUACAUCCUUUCCCUUAGGAACACCGACACCUAAUUCCCACGUGAAACAUUAAAAAAAAUUCUUUUUUUUCGCAACCCACUUUUCCCCUAGUUCUAAUAUUUUCCAUGAAUUGUUCAGAGUUUAGAAAGCUGUUUUCUUGUGUGGUGGGGGUGCUGCCUUUGUGGUUAUUAUGGUUUGGAGGUUCGGCCAUGGCAGCGAGUGAAAGUGGCAGCAGUUCCAGAGAGCUCGACCAGACACCAACGUGGGCCGUUGCUGUCGUUUGCACUGUUUUCAUUUUGAUUUCCAUAGCACUCGAAAAAAGUCUCCACAAAGUUGGGACGUGGCUUGGAAAAAAGCAAAAGAAGGCUUUGCUCGAAGCUCUGGAGAAGGUCAAGGCUGAGUUGAUGAUUUUGGGUUUCAUUUCACUGCUUUUGACUUUCGGGCAGAGUUACAUUGUCAAAAUAUGUGUUCCUGAAAAGCUGGCAGACAAGAUGUUACCAUGUCCAUAUAAAUAUAAGGAUGCUGAAAAGGCAUCAGACGAUGGAGAGAAACAUCGUAGAAAACUUUUGUCUUAUGAACGUAGAUAUUUAGCUGCUGAUACUACCUCGUUUAAAUGCAGCAAUGAGGGACAUGAGCCACUAUUAUCCGUGAAUGGUUUGCACCAGUUACACAUCCUCAUAUUCUUCUUAGCAGUCUUUCAUGUGCUUUACAGUGCUAUCACAAUGCUUCUUGGAAGACUGAAGAUACGUGGAUGGAAAGCAUGGGAGGCAGAGACUUCAACUAAUAAUUUUGAGUUCGCGAAUGCUGCUUCAAGAUUUAGGCUUACUCAUGAAACAUCAUUCGUGAGAGCUCAUGCAGAUUUAUGGACAAGGAUUCCCAUUUUCUUCUAUAUUAGAUGCUUCUUUAGACAGUUCUAUAGGUCUGUAACUAAGACUGAUUACCAGACUUUGCGGAACGGGUUUAUCACUGUGCACCUGGCUCCUGGAAGUAAAUUUAAUUUCCAAAAGUAUAUCAAAAGAUCAUUUGAAGAUGACUUCAAGGUGGUAGUGGGAGUCAGUCCUGUUCUCUGGGCGUCAGUUGUAGUUUACCUUCUCGUCAAUGUUAAUGGAUGGCGUACUACACUUUGGGCAGCCGCAAUUCCUGUUGUUAUAAUUUUGGCAGUUGGAACAAAACUUCAAGCCAUAUUGGCAAAGAUGGCGAUUGAAAUCACCGACAGACAUGCAGUUGUCCAAGGAAUACCUCUUGUCCAAGUCUCAGACAAAUACUUUUGGUUUGGUCAGCCACAGUUAGUCCUUCACCUUAUCCAUUUUGCUUUGUUCCAGAAUGCGUUCCAAGUAACAUAUAUCUUGUGGAUAUGGUAUUCAUUCGGGGUGAGAAACUGUUUCCGUAAUGAUUACAAGCUUGCAAUAAUGAAAGUAGCUUUAGGGAUUGUGAUGCUAUUCCUCUGCAGCUACAUCACCCUCCCAUUAUAUGCUCUUGUAACUCAGAUGGGUUCAAGGAUGAAAAAAGCGAUCUUUGACGAGCAAACAAACAAGGCUCUAAGGAACUGGCACAUGGCUGUGAAAAAGAAGCAAAGGGUGGUGAAGCUAGGAAAGUUCAAUGCAGAAUCUGUUGAUGGAAGCCCCGCUGCUUCAACUUCAGCAGUGCACCCUUCAGGGCCUACACUUCACCGUUUCAAAACCACCGGCCACUCCACCCGCUCCCAGUCGUACGAGGAUCAAGAUCAUGAAUACGAGUCCGAUGUUGAGUUGUCUCCUGAGUUGUCCCAAACAGCCAGCUUCAUUGUGAGAAUGGAUCAUGCUGAUCACCAACAACUACAAGAACAUGAACAUGAACAUUCUGAUGAAGAAACCAACUCUAGUGAAGAAGCUGAAUUCUCUUUCAAACCUAGUGAUCUUGUGGAAAAACCACCACAUAGCUUAUAAUCAUAUAUUCAUCUUUUAUUGUUUGAUUUAUAUUUAGAUACGUCAUACGCGGAUUUUGUACA